GGUUUAGAGAAACUAAUUAAUUUCAGAAGGUAUAGUAAUUAGUUUAACCCCCUUCGCCUCCUUUUCAUGUCCUGCUCCUCGGCCAGUACCAGAACCACAGUCGGUGAGCAACAAGCUUCAGUUUUGAGUCAUGGCGAUCAAUAUGAGAUGAGUUCCUCACUCUCUCACCUCCCCUAGAAUCUCGGAACCAGAGUGGAAAACACAACCACCAUGUCCUCUCCUUCACUCUCCACUCGUCUCACCCUCCUAACUCUCCUCUCCGCAACCACAAUCUACUUUCUCUAUAAGUCUCGCUUUCUCAAACUCGUCAAAAAACCCGUCUCCCUAAUACCUAACUCUAACCUUGAUCGCAAAGGCAAGCUCUUCUUCAUCUCCCGAACUGGCACUUCCAAAACCCUAGCACAACGCCUUCACAAUCUUCUCUCAUCUACUGGUCUUUUCUUCGACCUCGUUGAUCCCAAAGACUACGAGCCGGAAGACCUCCACAAAGAAACCCUAGUUUUGAUUGUUGCUUCGACUUGGGGAGAUGGGAAAUCGCCUCCGAAUGGUGAGUUCUUCGAGAAUUGGCUUGCGGAGAGUGUUGAUGAUUUUAGGGUUGGUUCUUUGCUGCUUAGUAAGUGUAAAUUUGCGGUUUUUGGGGUUGGAAGCCGGGCGUAUGGUGAUACGUUCAAUGCGGUGGCGAAGGACUUUUCAAAGAGGUUGAAAGCGCUUGGCGCGGCGGAGAUGUUGCCGUUAUGUGAAGGGGAUGUUGACGAGGGUGAAUUGGAUGUGGCUUUUGAGGGGUGGAGUAGGAAAAUUAUUGGGGUUUUGAAAGGUAGUUUGGAGGGAAAUGAGAGGUAUAUUGUUGAUGGGGAUGAUCUUGAGGGUGAAAGUGAGAUAACUGAUGGGUCGGAUGAGGACGAGGGCAGAGAGAAUGGUGCAGAGUCGGGGAUUCUUGAUCUUGAGGAUAUUGCGGGUAAAGGGCCUUCCAGAAAGUCCGGGAUGGUGGGGAAAACUAAUGGCAAUUUGAAUGGGGUUAAAGAAAUGGUGACUCCGGUGAUUAGAGCGAGCUUAGAGAAGCAGGGAUAUAAAAUUAUCGGUUCACACAGCGGUGUCAAAAUUUGUAGAUGGACCAAGUCACAACUUAGAGGGCGUGGAGGUUGCUACAAGCAUUCAUUUUAUGGCAUUGAGAGUCAUAGGUGCAUGGAGGCAACUCCAAGUUUGGCAUGUGCCAAUAAAUGUGUUUUCUGUUGGAGACAUCACACAAACCCUGUAGGAAAGAGCUGGCAGUGGAAGAUGGAUGAUCCUAUUGAAAUUGUGAAUUCUGCCAUAGACCUGCAUAAAAAAAUGAUAAGGCAAAUGAAAGGAGUUCCAGGUGUUACCGUGGAGCGAUUGUCAGAGGGUCUUUCCCCUAGACAUUGUGCCUUAUCACUUGUUGGUGAACCUAUCAUGUAUCCAGAGAUCAACUCUCUUGUAGAUGAGCUGCACCAGAGGCGGAUUUCCACUUUUCUGGUGACAAAUGCGCAGUUCCCUGAAAAGAUUAAGAUGCUGAAACCUAUCACACAGUUGUAUGUUAGCGUGGAUGCUGCAACAAAGGAUAGCUUGAAGGCAAUUGAUAGACCUCUCUUUGGUGACUUUUGGGAGCGGUUUGUUGACUCGUUGAAAGCUCUUAGGGAGAAGCAGCAGCGAACUGUUUAUCGCUUGACACUGGUUAAAGGGUGGAAUACUGAGGACAUAGAUGCUUAUUCUAGCCUAUUUGUUAUAGGAAAUCCUGAUUUCGUUGAAAUUAAAGGCGUCACUUAUUGUGGAUCGUCUGCUACUUCAAAGUUGACGAUGGAGAAUGUGCCCUGGCAUUCUGAUGUAAAAGCUUUUUCAGAGGCCUUAGCUCAAAAAAGCAAAGGGGAGUAUGAGGUUGCUUGUGAGCAUGUACAUUCAUGUUGUGUUCUUCUGGCAAAAGUUGAAAAGUUUAAGAUCAAUGGUCAAUGGUUCACUUGGAUAGACUAUGAAAAAUUUCAUGACCUGGUGGCUUCUGGAAGACCUUUUAACAGCAAGGAUUACAUGGCUCCCUCACCAUCGUGGGCUGUGUAUGGAGCAGAUGAAGGUGGGUUUGAUCCGGGGCAAUCUAGGUAUAAGAAGGAGAGACAUCACAAAUCAAAACGCUGACCAGGUGUGUUCUGAAUUUUUGAUUAUCAAGAGAGCAUAAAAAUUGUCAAAUUUUUUAUACGAUGAUUGGCCGGAGUUGCCACCAAUUUUGUCCGUCAAAAUUAGGUUUAUCUAGUUCUGGUAUCUUUGUCCUAUAUUUUGUUUAUUGCUGAACAGUUUUGCAUCAUAUGACUAUAGGGGGUGGAAAUUUUUUUUGGUAACUAAUAUACUACCUUUUGUGUUGUACUACUUUGGCUAUCAUCUUAAAGUAUAUUAUACUCCUUUUUUCGAGGAUAUAGAGGUAGCAGCACCAUAUGUAAGUGUUGUAUUGUAUAGAUUGGAAGUGCCUCAUAACUUAGCUUGUUAAGUAGGAGUACUCUCUAUAAUAUUUGAAGAAAUA